AUGUCAAGUUCGGUUAACCAGCUGCCUAAUCGGAUCAAUUUGACUACGUUCCGAGUGGUCCUAUUGACCGGGCGAAACGUUGCAUACUCAUCUGGUGUACACACACUACACAUUGCAAGGUUGUACAAGUUGUACGGUUGUACACGUGGUAUGGUUGUACACGUUGUGUUUGUUUACAUUGACAAAUCAACUAACACCAACAACACACCAACAACACACCAGUACACACCAGCACACACCAACCAACACACAAUGAUGAUGUAUGGUCGUUACUACCUACUGCUCACCUUCCUACACAUCCUGGCUCACAUCACUGCCAAUUUCCAGCUCCAUCUGGACAACACCAAAUCAAACGCCACAUGUGACAAAACAGUGAAAAUUCAUUACACCGCGCGUCUGAAGUACAAAAUAGUAAUUAAAAAAAUCAGAACGAACCAAACAAUUCACCAAAUUUCAACUACAAAUUGUUGA